AAAUUUGUUGAUUCUGUAAUUGUAAUUUCUGUGCUUGUUUCUACAACCCUUUCAUUUUGUACAAUAGGACUGUUUGUAACUUGACAGUCUGUUUGUACAUUUUCCUGGCAUUCAACUGUUUGUUUUACUGUAGAAUCUUUAAUGAGAAAGGGUAUUAAAUUUUAAAAGGUUUGUGAAAUAUCAUUUUGAAUAAAAAUAUAUUAAAUGCUUUCUUUUAUGAUAUAAAAAUUUAAGGAAGAAAUUAAGAAAAUUUGAAUCGAUUUGAAUUGAUUAUGUAAAAGACAACAAGAAUUCAAAAAGCCCCGCCGAAAAGAAUGGUGAAAUGACAAUCGUGAUCACGCGAUCUUACACAAUCCCAUUUUGCACGCACCACACGCAUGACUUGAUGCGAAUUGAUCGAAUGGCUGCCUACGUGAUUUGUUUGUAUGAGACAAAUAAUAUAUAUUGCCUCUUUGCUGGUACUGAUUGUGAAUGUUUUUCUUCCGACAAGGAUACAUUAUAAAUGUGAUAAAAAUGAUGUAAGAAACUUUGAAAAACCAUUAGAUGACAUAAGUGCUUUUGAUUUUGAAAAUUUACUUGGAAAAAUAAAACGAUCUCUUCGUUCUGGAAAUAAACCAUUGUCGCAAUUGUCACGACGACUUUCAGAAAGCAAGUUCAAUUCUUUUAAAUAUAACUCUAAGUCGGAAUUAAAACGUGAGCACAAGUGUGGACCGCUUCCUGCUGAUAUGAACAACUCUGCAACUCAGUAUGAACAGAUGAUGUACUCAAUAGUUGAGUUUAUCGAAGAGAGCACAGUCGAAAUUAUUCCCUCUUCUUGGCUUUUACCUGGUAACAAAACGGCUUUGUGGCCUAAAGGCAUAAACCCAUCAAUUUUGAAGAAAUACUUAAAGAAAUGUACUAAACCUAAUGCUGAUUGGUCUGCCGUCCAAAUAAGAGUUUUGGGACAAGCAGACUCUCUCAGUAAUGCUGAAAGAAAAGCUCAAAAAGCAGAAAAUACGUCUCAUUUGAGCAGUGACACGGAUUCGGACUCUUCUCAAUUAAAACGAACAAAAAAGAAGCCUUCUCGAUUUUGUUCUUCUGAUGAAGAAAGCUCACUAGAAGAAGAGUCAUGCGUACAACCAAGUAAACAAAUCCAGAAGAAAAAGAUGAAUUCUGAAAAUUGUUCUACACGUCCCGCCGUUCCAUCUUUUCCUAAUUUUCAAGAUUCUACAGUAACACCAGUUGAAUGCCAGGAAAAUGUACAAACAGACUGUCAAGUUACAAACAGUCCUAUUGUGCAUAAUGAAAGAGUUGUACAAACGAACACAGAAAUAACAGUUACAAAACCAAUCGAUUUAAAACGUUUUACAGAGGAAAUAUUAAUUAAGAUUUAUACACAAAUAGAAGAAAUUAAAUAUGAAAUAGCCAUAAUCAAAAAAAAUCAAAGAGAUAUGAAAGCAGGAAUGGACGCUUUACUGGCGACAAAUAACGACAUAACUAUAAAUAAAUUUAGUCGGCUACUUCCGAUUACUUCAAUGGAAUCUUUCAAUGAAAUUGAGGACUGGUUGACAAACUCGGAAGAGGACUUUUCAUCUUUGGUCAAAUAUCUCACAUUUGCAUCAGGAGAAACGGUGAAUCAAUUAGUGCCAUCGGUAAUGAAACUUCUUGUAAAAAAAGCCGUUUCAAUCCAGUUCAGUGGAUGCGGAAAACAAAACAAACGUAAUUUUUCUACCACCAAAGUUUCUGCUGCUGUAUUUGAAGUCGUAUCAAGAAAAUUGCCACAAGCAAGUAGAAGUGAUAUCUUCAAACGAAUCUCAAAGUUUCUUGCUGAAAGCGGAGACAGGGAAGGAGGACGAAAAGAAAGAGUAAAUGUUACGCGUAAUAUUGUUAUAUAAUUUUAUGAUUAGUAUAUGCUUUCAAGCACGCCUCAUAUUUACAUUAUAAAGUUACAUCAUUGCAAUAACGUGCGAUGCGCAUAUACAAAACUGUGAUGUAGAUUAGUGACACGGUAGCAAACUGUUAUUUUUGCAGAGCGUCGCAUGUGACGUUGAUUAAUCGCAUUUCUAUCUCUGUAAAGCGAUAAUAAUUGAUAAUUGGUGAACGUUUACUUCAUCAACGUAAACAGACAAUCAAGAUUAAUGGUGGAAUCGAUCACGUUGAUCCUAAAACGCCCGUAUAAGAUAUUGUUUUCGCAUUAAAUAGCGGCGACAGCAUAAAUUUUACAUUUGAUGAUCUGGAGAAAGAUAAAAGUAAGGAAGAUAGAUUAAAAGCGCAAAUAGAAACAAAGAAAUCCAAGAAUACGGACGAACGAAAGAGGAAGGAUAAGAAGAAAGGGAGAGAGCACGACGCCACAAAAUUCAAAGCCAAGGUUCGACAGGAGAGAAGUUGCAGUCAGCAUCGUCGUAGUCGGGACCGAGAUCGUAGUAAGACGCGGGAUAAGAGUAAAGAGCGAAAGUCGAAUAGAAACAAAGAGAGCAGACGCGACAAGGAUAAAAGAAUGAGAGAAGGAUUGAGUUCGAAACAGAGAUUGAGACAAGACGAGUAUAAAGAAGAGACCGACAGAGAGAAAAGGACAGACAUAAGCGUAAUGAUAGUAAUGAUUGUGGAAAAACCGAUAGAGGAUCGUCUCUGGCAGCACGUAGAAGACGAGGCAACAACGAACACGAUUGAUGGGAAUGAUUCUGAUAUCUCAUUGAGAACCUUGUUCCACCGUCACGAUCAAAACGUCCGAUAUAAACAAGAAAUCCAAGAGAGACAAAGAACAGGUGACAGAUAAGGAAAUGUCGACGAAGGGCAGUUGGCACACUGUCUGGUGCGGGUUUGUCAAUAUAGUUGACGUCGCUAAGUUCUUCAUAACUGCGCAAGAAGUAAGCGCCAACGCCAAAGAUCUCAUGGACGAUCUGCCGGAUACCGUUGAUGUUGUCGGUAGAAUCAGUCACGAAACUGUUUGGAACUACAUCUCGAAAAUGAAGAGGAGCGGUUCAAACGAGAUUCUAGUCAUCAAAUUAACAGCUGCGAAUGACGAAGAGAAAAUUCCUUAUAUAAUAUUGUACAGUUAUUUGAACAGUAGAAGUUAUUUAGGCGUCGUUGGUAAUGUUUCCAAAAAUAUCGAAGACUUUUACAUAAUGCUAUUUGAAGCGUCAGUUGUACGCGUUGAUGAAGUAAAUGUUCACCAAUUAUUACAUGCAAUUUGUUUUUUAACUUUUUAUAACGAGGCUGAAUCGCAAAAACGUGAAAAAUCUAUGGAAGUUUAUAAUGUAAUACAGUUCCUAAAUGGGUAGGGGAUUAUUUCUGAUUUAUGAAUAUCUCUUGAUAGAGAUAAUAAUAAUUUAUGCAAUUAACCAUGAGCUCGUCAGCCGUUUAAAAUUUCUAGAAAUCAUAAAAUUUUUAAAAAUGUACACAUUUGGUUUUUUUUUGUUUAAGAAAAGUGUUUUGUUUUUACAAUACAGAUACACAUUUGAUUAUAAUUUAUAGUUAUUUUUUGUGCCAAAUGUAUAUAUUUACUUGUUAAAACCAUACAAAGUAUAGCUAUUAGUUAUUAUUACUACCUAAAUAAUAAGCAAAUGUUAAAGUUAUAUUCA